AUGCAAUUGCUCAACUAUGCUUUGGUUGGCUUACUAGCUCUCAACGGGGCUCAAUCAUUAUUCAUCCCCAAAAACCAAAAUGAAUUUGAAUUAAUCACCAGCAAAACGGAUGUCAACAGUUUACUUAAAAAGUAUCCUAAUGGGAAAUUACUUGAUGAUAUAAAUGAUCCUAAUGAAAAGAUAUUUGUCUAUGAUGUUGCAACGGUGGUUCUGAAAUUGGCCAAGUGA